UUACUAUUGUGUACGUUAUGUUUGUAUGCAUGUAUAUCAUACAACUAAGGAAGGGAAAAAUGGAAUAGUUUAAUAACUUUAAAAUGUAACAAUAUGGUUAUUGAUAAAAGAUAAAAUUAACAUCUAUACAAAGGAUAUAGAUAAAAUUUAAUAGCAGAAUUUUCAGUAUCAUUAAUGAUUUUUUAUUACUUUGUGAAUUAUUUUUCACGUAUUUCCUGAAUAUAACAAUGGACGAAAAAUCUUCAGAUAAUGCCAUUUCUACACAAAAGUCAUUACCACCUUCUUAUGAUCCUGGUUGGAAUGACACGCCAAAAUGGGCAUCCCCAUAUCCAGGAAAUACAAAUACACCUACAAAAAGAAUACUGAAUAAAAGAGUUCCAUUUCCCUUAAUUUCUGGGGAAUCAGCAAGAAACAAUACUGAAUAUCAGUCUCAUACAGCAGGCAUGUCAUUACCACCUCCUCCUCCUUUAGAUUUGAAGACAGCACCUCAUGCACCUUUAAUAACUCCUUCUGAUGCAAACACACAACUUACUUCUAUGGAAACAAAACUUGACAAACAACAAGCUCUAGUUGAUACAAUGACAAAUUUAGAGUUUAUAAUUAAAAAAUAUGUGGUGGAAAGUAAAAUAGAUGAAGUGCAAAAAAGACUAGAUUUAAUGAAAUCUUGUUGGCUUGAUAAUAAAUUAAAUAAUUUUAUACAGCAGAAAAUACUUGACAUUUCAAAGGCUUUAAAAGAAGAAGAUGUUGAUAAAGCAGACAAACUUCACAUUGCAUUGAUGAUAGAUCACACCAGUUUGUGUAGUGCUUGGAUACCUAGUAUUAGGCACAUCAUUUCAGCUUUAAAAGAAAAAAAAUUAUACUCCAAUGAUGUGUAGAUAUAUGGAAUAUAAAUCUACGAUAAACUAGUUUGAAAAUUCAUUUAUUAAAAUACAGACACAUUACUUCUAGAUAUUUUUUUUAUAUAUAUGAUUAGUUCAGUAUAUACAAACAGUUGAUAUAAUAUGUUAUACAUUUAUUUUAAAAUAAAAUUUGCAAAAUUGGAAUGAA